AUGCCGAUGACAAUGAGCAUACAAAAUGAGUCUGUUACAUAUAGAGCAGAGGUUCUGAUCGUUGCAGUGGCCAACAAUUCUGUAUCGAUUUGCCUGCUCAAAAUUCAGUUGGAGAAGCAGGCAAUGGAGAAGAGAUCAGGCUCAAGCUACUACUGGUUUUGGCUUCUCCUGCAAAUUCUACUGAUUAAUGUUCUCGGGCUUCAUUGCCAGCCCCCUCCAGAUUCUACCUCUUUCAUAAGCAUCGAUUGCGGGAUCAGUGAUGGCACCAGCUAUGUCGAUAGCACCACUGGCUUGACCUAUGUUUCCGACAACGCUUACAUAGACUCGGGCAAAGACUACAACAUUGACUCGACCUACUUAUCCUCCUUCCGGCAGGAGCUAACCACCUUGCGCAGCUUCCCCGACAGCACGCGGAGCUGCUACACGUUGCGACCGGUAGUGCAAUACUACAAGUACUUGGUGCGCGCCUAUUUCUUAUACGGCAAUUACGACGGACUCCACAGAGCUAACACUCUCAAGCCUUUGGAGUUCGAUGUCUACAUCGAUGUUAACAUGUUGAUGACAAUGAGUAUACAAAACGAGUCUAUUACAUAUAGAGCAAAGGCUCUGAUCGUUGCAGUGGCCAACAAUUCUGUAUCGAUUUGCCUGGUGAAUACCGGCAAUGGAGUCCCCUUCAUAUCGUCUUUGGAGCUGAGACCCAUGGAUUCCUCUUUAUACACGCUAGUCAAUAACAACUUCUAUCUUCAAGUAUACGCCAGGCUAAACCUGGGUGCAACUCAAACCAUAAGGUACCCAACGGACCCGUACGAUCGCAUCUGGAGAGAAUGGACACGGUCUGAUUGGACCAACAUCAACACCACUCAGCCGAUCCAAUACUUCUCAUAUGACGACUACAGGGUGCCGGAGGCCGUCAUGCAAACGGCGGUCAUCCCCUCCGGCGUCGGCGGCGUCACGGACAUUGAAUUCUACUGGGACUUCGCCGACACCGGGUUUCGCAACAAUCGGUUCUACGCCACCUUAUUCUUCUCCGAGUUCGAUGCCCUCCUCCCCAAUCAGUCCAGGGCCGUCGACAUCUUUCUCAACGGCUACAACUGCUUUGCGGACUACCCCCCUUCCUACCUUUGGGCGGAUGUCAUCUACAGCGACGGUCCCCUCUACCAAAACUAUACCUAUCGGUGGGAGAUCAAGCCCAACGACAGCUUCAACCUGCCUCCUAUCUUGAAUGCCGUGGAGGUGUUUUCCGCCAUGUACCUCGAGAACGUGACGGCCAAUGAGAGAGAUGGUACGUUGUCUGCAACUUAUUUUCGUUUUUCUUGUGGAAAAUUUGAAGUUGCGAUCUUGUUUUUGUAG